UAUAUUGGAUGAAACAAAAAACAAAAAAACAAAAACCUAGCAGGUGCCGCCACUACUAGUAUUAGCACCUUGCACGAACCCGACUCCAUCGCAGCUUUUGGGUUGGCGUCACGAAAAGGACUAGCACAGAGCAGCGGCGAGGAACUACACAACCAUAGUCCAAAGAGCAUCCAAGAAGAGAAGCGAAAUGGGCGGCGGCAGAGGAAGAGGAAACAGGUCCCGAACUCAAAGAAAGCAUUUCCGCGAUGGCCGAGAGAACGUUUGGAAACGCGCCAAAUCUCACUCUUCCUCUGAUCCCAACAACACUAGCACCGAUAAUCCUACUUGGCAGCCCUUCGCCACUCAAAACCAGGCCUUCGAUGAAUACUACAAGGAGCAAGGGAUAGUGGCACCGGAAGAGUGGGACACCUUUGUAGAAGUUCUUCGAACACCGUUGCCUGCUGCUUUCAGAAUCAAUUCUAGUAGCCAAUUUUGUGCAGAUAUUAGAUCUCAGUUAGAGGAUGACUUUAUGAAAUCUCUUAAAGCUGAAUUCACUGAUGGUGGUGAAGUGGAGGCUAUCAGACCGUUGCCUUGGUAUCCUGAUAAUCUUGCUUGGCAUUCAAAUUUUUCUCGAAUGCAGCUAAGGAAGAACCAAACCCUUGAGAGGUUUCAUGAGUUCUUAAAGCUGGAAAAUGAAAUUGGAAACAUCACAAGACAGGAGGCUGUCAGCAUGGUACCUCCUCUCUUCUUGGACGUAUGUCAAAAUCAUUUUGUACUUGAUAUGUGUGCUGCACCAGGUUCAAAAACAUUUCAGUUGCUGGAGAUUAUAUAUCAAUCAACAAAAGCAGGAUCACUGCCUGAUGGAAUGGUUAUAGCAAAUGACCUUGAUGUCCAAAGAUGUAAUCUUCUGAUCCACCAAACGAAAAGAAUGUGCACUGCUAACUUAAUAGUCACAAAUAAUGAAGCCCAACAUUUCCCUGGUUGCCGCGCAAACAAAAAUUUCCCUAAGGCUUCUGAGAUUGAAUUACAGCCCCCCAUUAGUCAACUUCUUUUUGAUCGCGUCUUGUGUGAUGUUCCUUGCAGUGGAGAUGGCACGCUUCGCAAGGCUCCUGAUCUGUGGAGGAAAUGGAAUUCAGGGAUGGGCAAUGGGCUUCAUAAUCUACAAAUUCAGAUAGCAAUGCGAGGCUUAUCCUUACUUAAAGUUGGUGGAAGAAUGGUUUACUCAACCUGCUCAAUGAAUCCAGUUGAAAAUGAGGCUGUUGUUGCUGAGAUUUUACGGAGAUGUGGAGGGUCUGUUGAGCUAGUUGAUGUCUCCAAAGAGCUUCCUCAACUCGUUCGUCGGCCAGGUCUAAGGAAAUGGAAGGUGCGUGAUAAGGGUAUUUGGUUAUUUUCACACAAAGAUGUCUCCAAAUUCCGAAGAUUUGGGAUUCUUCCCAGUAUGUUUCCUUCUGGAAGAACCUAUGUUGCCCCAACAGAUGGAGAUCAUAAGCAUGAGAAUGGUGCUAAUAUGAAUUCUGAAGAUGAACUAAUGGAGGAUCCUAUGACUUCAACAGAGGAUUUGAAUGAAGAAGUUUCUGAUCUCCCUCUAGAGCGUUGCAUGAGGAUAGUACCUCAUGAUCAGAACAGUGGGGCCUUUUUCAUCGCUGUCCUUCGCAAACUCUCUCCUUUGCCAGUCAUUCAGGAGAAACCCAGUCGGCGUGGAAAUUUGUUGACUAAAAAAGAUGAACUACAAGAAAAAUUAUCAGAACAGGUUACUGAAUGUAAUAAUGGAGUGGAGCUAAAUUCAGAAGAUGCUGCAUCUGAAAAUUUUUCUGAAGCAGCUUCAGAGGCUGAUUUAAUUGAGAAAGAAACAGACAAGGCUACUUUAGAGCCUGAUCCUUGUAACACUGAUGAUGAAAAUGAUUCAGAGGAAGCCCAUUUGUUGGUUGAUGGGGAGAUUCCAUCUGGGAAGGCUGUAGGGAAGAGAAAGUUGCAAAUUCAAGGCAAAUGGAAAGGAGUUGACCCGGUGAUUUUCUUCAAAGAUGAAGCCAUUAUCAAUAGCAUAAAGGCAUUCUAUGGUAUUGAUGAGUCAUUUCCAUUCAAUGGUCACCUAAUCUCAAGAAACAAUGAUAACAAUCAUGUGAAGAGAAUUUACUACAUUUCAAAGUCAGUCAAGGAUGUUCUAGAGCUGAAUCUCCUUGUUGGCCAGCAACUUAAGAUAUCUUCAGUUGGCCUUAAGAUGUUUGAGCGACAAACAUCAAGAGAAGGUACAACUGCACCAUGUUCAUUUCGGAUAUCGUCUGAAGGAUUGCCAGUGAUUCUUCCUCACAUCACCAAACAGAUCUUAUAUUCCUCUCCAGUAGACUUCAAGCAUCUUUUGCAGUAUAAAGCUGUCAAAUUCAUGGACUUUGUUGAUACUGAGUUUGGGGAGAAGGCAUCAAAGCUUAUGAUGGGUUGCUGUGUGAUAGUUUUAAGAGAUGCCAAAACUUUGUCAGAUCCUAUCCAGUUGGAUGCUUCAACAAUAGCCAUUGGCUGCUGGAAGGGUAGGGCCAGUUUGAGUGUGAUGGUCGCAGCAAUAGACUGUCAAGAACUGCUCGAAAGGCUUUCAGCGCGUAUGGAGACUGAAAGGUGCUCUUCUUUGCAAGAAAACAAUGUUGAGGCUGACGACGUGCAGGAUAUGAAUGAAAUUGAAAAAGUUGAGGAAUCUGAGACAGCUGAAGAAGCUACAAAUGGAUGAAGUUAUUGUAAAUUCUAAGUUUUUAUGCUAAUUUACGUGCAUUAGGCUUUUGGCGUACUGACACAGCAGAGUACUGCUUUCUUCCGGCCCUAUUUUGGAUCAAAAUCUUACAAUAUUCUUGGUCUUUUCUUUUGUGGAAAUGACCAAACAUUUUUGUUGUAAUUGGCAACUCUAAAUUUGAUAUUGAGUUGAAAAUAUUUGCUGCUAAAAA